ACCCCGGGCGGUUGCCAGGGCGACGGGGCUGUUUACCAGCUGGACGCAGCCAGCCGGGCGCAGGCGGAUGGAGUGCAGAGGGGCCCUGAGAAGCAAUGGCCACAGAAGGCCCUGUGACCAUAGCACCACCAGAACGCAUCCCUCUUAACACAGCAGCUGAGAGCUCAUCUGCUUUCAUCUGGAAGCCAAACUCACUGAAAAUGCAUGUCAUCAGGCCCAAGUCUGCCAAAGGCCGCAAGCGGCCCAGUCUGCACAAACCACAGGGCACACAGUCAGGCUCUCACUGCGGACCUUCCUCUCCACCACCAGCCAGUUCCUCUGAGUCACCAAGCAGUCAGAAACCAGGAGCCUGUACACCCACAUCUCCAACGCAGGGAGUCCCAGAUGAGUUCCCCGAGCUACUGCAAGUACCCAUGGGGGCCUCCUCUUCCCUCAAUAAGUACCCAGUCCUCCCAUCCAUCAGCAGAAGAGGCCUGAAGGAGGAGGCUUUGGGUACAGUGGGAAGGAAGGCUAGCUCCCUACAACUAAGCAGCAUUCAGGCUCUUUAUCAAGAGGAGGCCUGCACCAUGAAGACAAAGAAAGAAGAUUCUAGAGUUCCAGCUCUUGCCCUAGAGAGGAAGUUUGUCAUCCACACCAAGAGGCAGGGCAGCCCCAGGCCUGGAACCCUGGAGGAACCCUCAGACCAAGAACCCAGGCUGCUGCUUGCUGUCCGAUCGCCAUCAGGCCAGAGGUUUGUGCGUCACUUCCGGCCCACAGAUGACCUCCAGACCGUCCUUACUGUGGCCGAGCAGAAGAAUAGAACCACCUACCAACACUGCAGCAUCGAGACGAUAGAGGUGCCCAGGAGACGGUUCACAGACCUCACCAAGUCUCUGCAAGAGUGCGGCAUCCCCCACAAGUCAGUGCUGGGCAUCUCUCAGGAAGACGGGGAGGGGAGCCCCUGAGCCCACAGGCGCCCACCUGGAGUCCCCGUCUGUGAGCCAAGAGCACGCUUGUGUGGCGAGGCCUUCCAUGCAGCCUGGCUCCAAGUGCCGUGUGAGCCGGUGCAGCUGUGGCCCGUGGGCCUCAUGUCCACAGUAUGUCCUUGGGGGGUCAGACACAUCUGCACAUGCACCAAGCGCCUGAGGAAUCCCAGCCUUAUGCUCCCUCCUCCUCUGGAGCAACCACAAGUUCCAAGGCUGUGCCUGAAGCAGCUGCAACCAGGAUAUUUCUUCCCAGAGUGUUGGCUCUGUCUAACACAGUCCUUUCCGGAGCACCUGCCGCCUGCACAAUGAACUCUGAUUCUCUUAAAGCCAAUGUUUGCCUUUCUGUAUUUGCUGCAGGAUUAAAUACUUCCCAGAGGGAUUGCAGUCUGGUAAAUAACCAGGGUCCAGGAAAUUUCUAAGUGGCAUUUGUAUUUCUCGCAAGUAUCUUAAGGAUUAACAGACUACUGACCCUAUCUUUAGAAGCAGCAGC